UAUUUGUACUAAAUAACUUGUAAUUGAAUAGCUACACACUGCAUGAAACUACAUGACUAUACUAGGACGAGCUCAGCUUGAAGGUAGAUGUCAUUUUGGUUUACAAUACACACGAGGCAAUACAGUGGCUAAAAUGAUGAAUCCAGAUCUGAUACCACCUUAUCAAAGAGUCUUAACUGAAAAUAGUGAACUCCUUCGAGCCAUGCUUUCAGAUCAAAUCGAGACUGUGGUACGAAGAUUAAACCAAAAAUUUUAUCUGAAAGAUUACGAGACCAACGACAUAUUGAAGAAAGCAAAUAAAUCACCUCCAGACGGGGUAACUGAAUUAAUCAAAAUACUUAAAUCAUGUAACUCUGAAAAUUUUAGUAAUUUUUUGGGAUGUUUGAAAGAGCUCGGUUAUGUAGGUUUGGCCAACAAGUUAGAAGUAUCAUUAAAACCACAAAGCCAGAGAGAACCAACAACAAGGUAUCAAACUAAAGCUGCAGUAAACGAUCCGACCAAACAAGCUAAAAGAAAAAGAAAAGAGACUAAGACUGAACGAGGUCCUAAGACUGAACGAGGUCCUAUGACUGACAGGGAUCUGCGUCGAAUGAGACACGCAAAGGUGGAGCUUAUAAGUGGAAUUAAUGACCCAAAAUCACUUGUGGAUUGUUUGGACGGUAAAGGCCUACUUUUACCAGAAGAUAAACAGAAGAUAGAGUUAGAGAAGUUACCGAUAGACAAAACAAGGAAGUUACUGGAUAUUUUAAUGUGUGAUUGCAAAGGGGCUUUCCCGGAUUUUGUACAGUGCUUGAAAGAUGCCCAAUAUUAUUCUUUGGCUGAACGUCUAGAAGAGGAGGAUUCCGAAGAAGAGGAAAGUGAACAAACGACAGAACGGUUUAAAACAGAAAUGAAUAGAAUAGUUACCUUCGUGAUGGAAAUGAUGCCGGAUGGAAUGAAAACAGUGUCAAAAUCUCAGAUGUACUCAAAGCUUACUGUGCUGGGUGUUACAACUAAGGAUGAUUUACUUAGUCUCGAAGCCGGGGAUUUUGUCGGUAUUUUGAAGAUUGUUCCAGCACGGAAGUUGUUAGCAAAUAUUAAAAGAAAAUUAGAAAAACAAAAUUGAGAACAAUUACAAGGAGAUAUGGCGAGAACGACUUGACUUGAGAUGUAAAUGAGGUUAAGACACGUGAUUCUUCUUAACGCCCACUUCCACUUCGAGUAAUAGAAUAAAAUCCUGGUUUUUAAAGCUAUAGGCCCAUCCUGAUCUUCAUUACCUCAUAGUUAUAUUGCUCAAUCAAUAACACACUAUUUAUGGAAUAACAAUUACUGAUUUAUUAACAAACAAAUAAAGACAUUGGUUGAGCAUUUAGUAAUUGAACAGUAACACACUAACACUAUUUAUGGAAUAACAAUUACUGGUUUAUUAACACAAAUUAAAUACUUCACAACAUAAGCUUAUAUAAUAAAUAAAUACAGAUUUAAUGUACAUGAAUUACAUGACCAUACAAAUUAUUAUACACAAAUAAAUAGUUAAAUCUCUUCAAUUUAUUAUUGCACGAACCAACUUGAUGUAUACUCAUGUCCAAAAGAAAGUAUACACACUAAAAAUAGGACUAAGUUUUGUUUGAAUCAACAAAAUGUGAUAAAACUACAUUGAACAUGUCUUGUGCGUCCAAACUCAAUAUUUCUAAGCAAAUAAAUGGAAAAACAAAUGGACAUUGUACCCAAAUACCCGCAUACAACGGAAAAACGACUUUGUUUAAGAAGGACGAAAUGCACAGUGUAUACUUUCUUUUGGACAUGAGUAUAUAUAUUAGUAAGAUGUUUAGCCCCCGUAUCUCUAGAUUCG